AUGGCAGAAGAUAGGUCUCAAACUGAAGCUGAACAACUGAACAAGAGCCCACAAGAGAGGGUAAGAAACCGCUUUCCUGGUCGCCCUAGAACGCUUUUUGAACAAGAACAAGAGUGCCAAGAAGAAAGAACUGAACAAGAGCUCCAACACAACAAAAAUGGUAGUGAGACAAAAAAUACUGAUGAAAGCAACGAGACCUUCAAAAUUCUUGAAAAUGAAAUCAUCGCAAAUGAAAGCGCAAAUGUUGGUAUUCACGACACUUACAACGAAUAUCAUGAAGGUGAAGGUGCUGUUGAUGUUCAUCAAGCAAGGAGGGGUCGAAACCACAACAUUGGUGGCAAUAUCAUUUAUUCAAACAAAAGCAAGCGUGCAGGGAUUAGCAAAGUUGGCAACAAGUACUACAAGAAAUCGAGCCAAGCGGCUUGA